ACGCCCUGAGCAAAGAAAGGCAAUCUCCUAAUGUGAUUGCACGCGCACAUGUUUUCCUCGGCCCACCCAUGCCUCUGAGCCACGAAGUCAUCUUUAUCCUUGUUAUAGCGACUGCCAAUUUUACACCAAGUACGUUCUGUCUAACUAUAUUGCUACCUUAUUCGUCGUGGCAGUCUCUAAUAGUUGCUGCGUUCCAGUUUCUGGUCUGAAUGGCCCACUUGCCAUUGUACACGACAUUGGAAAAUCGCUAGGCGUGGAACAGGACAAACUGCCUUGGCUCAUGGCUUCCUACGGACUAUCCGCUGGGACUUUGAUACUUUUCGCGGGUCGUCUUGGCGAUUUCUUUGGCCACAAGUGGCUCUUGAUCGUCGGGAACUUAUGGUUCGCAUUCUUCACGUUGAUAUGUGGACUGUGCAGCUACCUGCCGCGACACCGCUACAUGGCCUUCCUCAUGGCGAGAGUUCUUCAAGGAAUCGGACCGGCCCUAUGCAUUCCCAACGCCGUCGCACUGCUCGGGGUGACUUAUGUCCCUGGACCACAAAAGGCCAUGGUUUUUGCGAUCUUUGGGGCCAUGGCACCAGUUUCCGCCGUAUUGUCGCCGUUGUUUGCCGCAUUACUUGCGAUGGUCUGGCUGCCCGCAGCUUUUAUCGGCCUCGCAGCAUUCCUGGCAUUCGUGGCUCUAGUGGCCUAUUUCGUGAUUCCGGAGAGUCCAGCGACAAACAAUUCGGUGACAUCGGUUACCAGUAUGUGGCAACUGGUGUACGAACUCGACCUCUUGGGGGCAAUGACCGGGAUCGUCGGCCUGGCACUAUUCAGCACUGCAUGCAACCUCGGAACCUUUGAUGGAUGGGAUCAACCCCAUGUCCUGAUACUACUGGUGGCCGGCGUGUUACUGGUGCUCACUUUCGGGUUCGUCGAAAGACAUGCAAAGAAACCGCUGCUCCCGUGCGAAGCGAUGAGCGCUGGUGUCAUCUAUGUCUUGGCAGCAGUGUUUUGUGGCUGGGCCUGCUUCGGCAUCUGGAUCUACUACACGUGGGAGUUUUACUCUGUCCUCAGAGGGGCGUCGCCGCUCCUGGCCACGGCAUGGCACAGCCCCAUUCUGCUCUGCGGUAUCUGGGCCGCCCUCACCACCGGCUUCAUCAUCCAGCGAGUCGGCCCGGCUUUCGUCAUGACGUUUGCCCUGCUCGCAUUCACCGUCGGCACGGUGCUGAUCGCUACCGCGCCGGUUGAGCAGACGUAUUGGCUGCAGACGUUUCUGUGCAACAUUAUCAUCACCUGGGGCAUGGAUCUCAGCUUCCCUGCAGCAACGCUGAUGCUGUCGGAUCUCGUGGGCCCCGACCACCAGGGCAUCGCCGCGAGCUUGGUGACGACAGUCGUCAACUACAGUGGCGGCCUGGCGUUGGGCAUCGCUGGGGCCAUCGAGACGUGGGUACAUCGAGCACACGCCCAUACGGCUUCGGGCACUGAUGAUCUCGACCACGGCGCAGAGGGUCAUGAUGACCCAAGUGAGACUCUCAGGGGAUACCGCGCAGCGUGGUAUCUGGGUAUAGGUCUUGGUGUUGCUGGGUUCAUCGUAAGUGCGUCUUUCGCUGCCACCCUGGCGAGGCGGAAGCAGAAGAUGCAACAGGCGGACGACCAGAGAGCCGGCCAAGCUGAGGCCUGAAGGAUAAUUGUGCUUUGCCUCAUGCCGCGGAGGCGUUAUUUGAUGUCGGUCAGCGCCUCAAUGACCGCGCAGACGAUUACACACCUGUAUAGUCGUGCAGAGAGUGUCUUGUUGAAAGAAGGGAUGCCAUGAAUGUUGCGAUGACCAGGCCCAGUUUACCCAUAGUAGUGUCACCUCUGGGGAGAGCACGGCAAUGAUGGGACAUUUGAUGCUGUGAUGUCACCUGGGAAGCAUUGCCCUGGGACUGGUGAUAACAAUGAGGUUCC